AGAACAUUGUAGAGAGCAGAGACAGAGUGUUCCAGAGUUUGUUGAACUGUGAAGAAGGUAACUGUGCAAAGCAGUGAUGGAGGGGAUGAAGAGGGUGCUAUCACCACCCAUGUUGCUUCUCUUUCUUGGCUUCAUUGUGCUUAUCAUGUUGCCACAAACCUCCGCUACAAGGUGGACUGUUGGAGGCAGCAAUUUUUGGAACACCAAUUUUAACUACACUACUUGGGUUAAAGACAAACAUUUCUACAUUGGUGAUUGGCUUUAUUUUGUGUACGAUAGGAACCAAAUGAAUGUGCUUGAAGUGAACAAGACAGAUUAUGAAAGUUGUAACUCUGAUCAUCCACUCCACAAUUGGACUACUGGAGCUGGAAGAGAUGUGGUUCCCCUGAAUGUAACACGCGAUUACUAUUUCAUCAGUGGCAAAGGGUUCUGCUUUGGUGGCAUGAAGAUAGCUGUUCAUGUUGAAAAGAUACCACCACCACCAAAAGCUUCUCCUAUAAAAGCUGGAGCACCAACCCUUUCCUCUAGAGGUCACAUUCUUCUCAUGCCUGUUGUUUUUGCCAUUGGAGCAGCAUGGGAUGCAUUCAUUCAUUUCUGGUGAUGAUACUCCACACCACCAUUGAACAAUACCAAAUGGUUAAGUGUUCAUUUUUUAGUUUUUUCAAAGGCAAUUGUUGUUUGCAUGGUGACAUUAGUUGUUGAUCU